AUGCGAUGCCAAGAAUGCAUCAAGUUGACUCCAGAUGACCUCAAAUGCGAUGGCGAACCAGUACCUUUCCACGACAGCUUUGCCGCGUUCGAGGCCUUUGCAAGAUCAGGAUGCGAGCUCUGCACCGUCCUGUUUUGGAACAUUCAAAAGUUCAGAUGGGGACGGGAUGAGCGCCUGAUACGGCAUGCCGAACUUGCCAGCUCCUCUGAUACGCUGGCUGUGCGCUGGUAUGACAUGGGGAAGGGUCUCACUGGACAUGUCAUUCAGGGUUUAGAGGUCCUUUAUCGCAACACGGCCCGCAAGCAGCGUGUGACCUACUCUGUUCUGCAGGAUCCUGCCGAAGUUGACCUACCUGUCCUCGACUCAGUAAGGCGACCACCGUACACGGAAAGGAUCCACGCAUGGAUGCAAGUUUGCAACGAGGAGCACGAGAAAUGUCAUGCCCACAGCGUCCAGCAAGCGACCAACCCAGCUCGGCCUGCCCGCUUGUUGGAUGUUCAGCCUGAAGGGCUCAUUGGCGACGUGCGGUUGGUGCCCUUCGACGAGGCCCAAGGGCCUUAUUCCGCGCUCUCAUAUUCAUGGGGUGACCGGCCGCAUGCCGCGACCACGACAUCUCUGAAUAUUCGGCAACGAAUGGAUUCGAUCUCGUUAAACGAUCUCCCCAGGACUUUUACAGAUGCAAUUGCCUUUUGUCGUGAGAUGAACGUUCGUUACCUGUGGGUGGACGCCCUAUGUAUCAUACAGCCCCGGCCAGGAGAUGUACUGGGACUGCAAGACUGGGAGACUCAAAGUGCAAUCAUGGGUUAUAUCUAUGCAAAUGCCAUCUUCACAAUAGCAGCACAGGGAGCCGCGAGCGCCGAUAUAGGCCUGUUUCCGGACAAAGCGCCCUUUGAUCUCAACCCCAGGUCCUGCCCUCUCUUCCUAAACACAGACGGUCCGUCCCUCUAUGUGAAAGCCGAGCCACCAGAGUGGGUCGCAUCUGUGGGUGAGAGUGCUCUCCAGCAACGAGCAUGGGUCCUCCAAGAGAGACUGUUAUCUACCAGGCUGAUCCAUUUCACACAGCAUGGCAUCUUUUGGGAAUGUGCUGAGCGCUGUGCAUCCGAGUUCGAGCCCCACAGCACCGAGAUGGGGGGCUUACGCACUCUCUCAGUCAUGUUUCCGCCUGAGGACGGUCCAGAGAAUGCAGCGAAAACGAAAACGGACAUCAUACUCGAGUGGAAUGGCAUCCUCGCAGAUUACAGCGAGCGGAAUCUCACCGUCGUCACGGACAAGUUCCCGGCCGUUUCUGCCAUUGCGCAACGCGUCGCUGUUUUGACGGGUGAUACAUAUCUCGCGGGAAUGUGGAAGUCGCACUUGUUCGACGACCUGCUUUGGACCGGGUUGUGGAAGUUCCCGUCUUUUCGAAAACGGCCCUCCACCUACGUGGCCCCGACUUGGUCCUGGGCCUCCGUCAUUGGAAAGACCUCGCACAACUUGGUCAGUACUUAUGAACGGCGAAUGGCGCGAGUGGUUUCCGUUUCAGUGGACCUCGCGAACCCGACAAACCCCUUCGGCCGAGUGCAGCCUGGAGCCUCAUUGCAGCUUGCAGGGCGCAUCAGGCAUAAUGUGUUUGCCACUUUGCAUGACACGGCCGAAGAUGACGCGCCCUGGCACGACUUAUGGUUUGAAGUCCCCAAAGGCCAUGCUCUCGCCACUAUGACAGGGGAGUCGGUGGGAGCCGCCAGACACAGCGGGCUUGCAGCGGUGUGGUUUGACGUCGGGGGCGACCACGUCACUCAAGCGUUCAGUGCUCUGUUGAUGACUGGAAACGACAGGAGAGAUGCAUGGGAUAGCGAUACCAUCAUGCCGGACCCGGAACCUCAAAGGAUCAGCUCCACGGCCAUGCUCAUUAUUCCCGAAGGUGAUGACGGCGGUCCAUAUGUGAGAAUUGGACAGGCCAAUAUCAAGGACCUUAAUUUCUUUGUUGGUUGCCAGGAGGAGGUUGUUGAGCUCUUUUGA